AUGUUGGUCCUUGCAGUUUUGACGGGAACUCUGGACGGUUCAGCGCCUAUGUUCGGGGUGAAAAGUGCAAUAAAAGAACGUUGGAAAGGCAAUAAUGUGCGGGUGUCGGUGUUCGGAAGUUUACGAACUCGACUGUUCUUACCGACGUCAGAUAUCGACGUAUUGGUCGAGUGUGAUGAAUGGAAAGACUCGAGUGUCAUGCGUUCUACUUACUUGACGGUUUUGUGGUUUCAGGCUCGUUGUAUGCAAGAAACAGCCAAUCAUCUGGAAGAAGUUGGUUUGGCAAAGUCUGUGGCGGUGUUCUCGGACGCGUUUGUGCCAAUUGUGAAAAUGGUCGAAAAGGACACAUUGGUCAAUGUGGAUAUUUCGUUCAACACAGCGCAAGGUGUUAAAGCGGCCGAUUACAUAGAAAGGGUCAAAGAGGAGUUUCCUGUGGUAGAGCCGUUGAUACUGGUCCUGAAACAGUUUUUGAUAUUACGGCGAUUGAACACCACCUAUACAGGCGGUUUGUCGUCGUACGGUCUUAUACUGAUGCUGAUUAAUUUCCUUCACGUGAGUCAGCACUUUCCAUUAAGGUUUUAA